AGUCAGCUGUUCAAGGUUUAGAAGAAGAAUCUAAUAAACGUAUCAGGAGAAGUGCUUCGAGAACAAUUAGCUACUGUAGCUAUCGAUGAAUCUUGUUUGUCAUAUUACAUGACUUUGUUUUGUGUUCAUAGUAGCUACGGUUAAUACGUUUUAUAUUCAGGGAAAAGGCUGGUAUAGGUGCACGUUUGGUUACUAGCUAGUUACCUGCCAAUUUAGCUAACGGUUAGCUCCUUCCAACUACCACAGCUACUUUUAGCAGGCAUUCCAUGUCAACUUUCACGAGGAGAUAUGGAACACCCAUGCAGUAGUUUUGAGGAUUUGGAACGAUAUGUCGUAAAAGACGCUCCACCAACGGUUUACUACAUUCCAGAUUUCAUAACAGAGGAUGAGGAGUCUCAACUAUUACAACAGGUGUAUAAGGCACCAAAAACUAAAUGGACGCAGUUAUCCAACAGAAGGCUCCAGAACUGGGGUGGGCUGCCUCGUCCGAAAGGGAUGCUUGGAGAGAAGCUUCCUGAUUGGCUCCUGAAGUACUGCGAGAGAAUAUCUGCUCUUGGUGCAUUUGCUGGGAAGACUGCCAAUCAUGUACUGGUGAAUGAAUAUAAGCCAGGGGAGGGAAUAAUGCCCCAUGAGGACGGGCCUCUGUACCAUCCCACAGUGACGACCUGCCUGGGCUCCCACACAUUGCUGGACUUCUACAGGCCCAUCAGCGCCGAGGAGCUGGAUGAGGUGCCACAGACUGAGGAGAGCCGCUACCUCCUGUCUCUGCUGGUGCGGCCGCGGAGCCUCCUCAUCCUCCAGGACGACAUGUACCAGCGCCUCCUCCACGGCAUCCAGGGGACACACCACGACUCCCUCACUGAAAGGGUGGCCAACCUGCUCGCUGCUGGUGUCCUGCCAGGUGCCACAUUAACCCGAGGCACCAGGGUGUCCCUCACCGUGCGUCACGUGCCCAUAGUCAUGAGGGCCAAUCUGCUCCUGGGCAGGAAAUGACAAGAGGAAGUGACAUUUGAGGGCUUGGGAAAAAAUUGACACCAUGAUACAGACUGACUUGAUUAUGUCAUUCACUGUCUCGAUCCUCUAUAAAAUGUAUUAAUUAUAAUGCCAAGGAAAAGUUUAAAUGGGAUCCUUGGGAUGUUCCAACUCUUGACGUCAUCCUGUUGAAGUUGAAAUUUCAAACGGGUACGGUUGUUGCAGUGGACAUAUUACCGCCACACCGGCAGUCAUUUGUCAUGGCUGCAGUAAAGUUCCACAUGACAACGGUCACGGUAAUCUUCUCUGUGAUCUGGACAUCCGUUGGUAGAAGGGCCUAAAAUGUGUAAUUCACUAGCCACGUUGGCAGGUGGUAAUACUCAGGGCUCUACAGUGCGAGCAUUUCAUAAAAAUAGUCAAGUAUGGGCACAAGUGCCAGUUGUGAUUUAUAGCAAAAUAAAUGCCAUUUUGUUUAAUAUCUGGUAAUGCACAAAGAAAUCUGAAUCCUAACGUUAUAGCUAUCCCACCUCGCACAGCAAUGCUGCCUGUCUAGGGGGCUAUGAGCACCAUGUGUGAAGUGCUAAAAGGUUUGUUUUUAGAAGCAAUGCGCACAGGAAUAAAAGUUGGUCUAAUUUACUCAAUUCGACUAAAAUGA